AAGGUGACAGGAAGCCAGCAGCCUGCCUGCCAUCCUUGUGUGUUGGUGACAGCAGAGAGAGCAGGGAGCCAGAGAAGGAUGGGCCUCCCAGAGUGAGGGCAGCUGUCGGGCUCCUAGGCAGAAGACUCCCAGAGACAUGGACCAUACCGAGCUGCUCGGGGCCGGAGCCUCCCUUCUGCUCCUUGGGGCUGUGGCGGGCAUGUGCGUGUGGUGUCCCCGCUUAGGCACGAGGAGGUCCAAGCAGAUCUUUUAUGAGCAGAGGGACGAAGGACGGCAGAGUUUUGCGGUGGCCCGGGCCUUUUCCAUUGCAGGCAUGGUCCCCGAGACGGCCGAAUACUCCGCCAUUCAGUGCCCCGAGCCCAGGAAGGACAAAUGGCUGUACUCCAUGGCUGAGGCAGAAGAUCCUGACACCUCCAGGUAUCAGAACCUCAGGAAAGGAAGCAGAAGAGAAUCCGAGCCCUCCUAUGUAGAUCCCAUUUCGACAGAUUAUUACAACCUUGGGCAGCUCCCGAAGCAACUAAAAGACGACGAUGACACGAUCUCCUACGAGAACAUCCUGAUCUGCAGACCCAUGGAGGAAGCGGCGGCGGAGGAAUCGGCGGAUUAUCAGAACUCCUGUUCCAUCGAGCAGUGGAGACAGUCGGUAAAAGUGGAAAGUACGCGCCCCACGCUCGGAAGCCCGGAGGACGACUCCAGCGAGCCAGAUUAUGUGAAUGGAGACGUGGGCUUCGUGGAGUAAGAAGUGAGCAAACCUGUCUUUGGGAAGCCCCGGCCUGCCCGACCUGCCCCACCCAUCCCAGCCGAGUCCCGGAGGAAGGACGUCCCUUCCAACUCACCCAGGAGCCGCUGCCCUCGUCCUCCCCUCCCGGAGCGGCUCCGCUUGGACAAAGCCCCUGCGAUCGGCGGGCGGCGGCACCAGGACACUGUGGACGGGACCCACGGCCCAGCCGGCCGAGAAGUUCAUCCUCUACGGGCUGGGGGGGCUCGGGCAGGUGAAGGAAGGCCCCGGAACGCCUGGUGUCCCCCCACCGCGGGGCCAAAGGUCUGCUUUUCAUCGCCCUGGUUCUGUCUUGCUUGCUUCCCGUCAGAAGGAGGGCCUUUUCCCAGCGGUAAGGUGGAAGGAGCCCUAGGUCUGUGAGCAAAAGGCCUGGGUUCCGAUUUCACCCUUUGCUUCCUGACCUGCGUGCCUUUUAGGCAGGUUUCUACUCACUGGACCCGUUUUCUCAUCUGCAAAAUGGGGGUUUGGACUGAACAGCCUCCAAGAGCUUUCCAGCCCUAAACUUCUGAUCUGGGGAAGAACGUCCCUCCCUAAGGGGGCCAGAAGGCAGCCCCCGAAGCCCUUCCUGGGCCAGGAGUCUGUGUCCAGCGGGCAGAGCUUUUCCUUCAUGCGUUAUUUAUGUAGGUGGGCCUGUACUUUAUAUUGUAAUGACCUGGAGGCUUUACCUCUAAUAAAGCAUUACAGUCCUGUU